CCAUCGCCAACCCCACGGCAUCACGCACGCGCCCACGCACGCACGCGCACGCGCGCGCGCCCCCUGGGUGUUCGUGAUGAGCGGGCGGCUCCGGCGCGCGUGCGUCACGCGGAGGAGACGGAACGUGACGACGAGGAGGAACGUGACAUAGGGAGCAGCAAGAGACCGACACUCUCUCACCUCAUCACCCAGCUCAUCACCACCGCAUCACCAUCCCUUCGUCACCAGCUCACGAUCCAUCACAUCAACCUCGGCACCUCGUCGAUUAAUUCAACUGGCCGGACCGCUGUCUCCAUCAUCGCCGUCAUCAAUCAGCUCGACGAUGAACCCAGACACCUCUUCAGUGAGGAGGUGGCUGCUGUCACCGCAACGGUGAAGCGAGAAGCCGUGGGUUCGAUCCCCACCUCGACGCCUGCUGCUGUAUAUUUGGAGUUUGCGGUGUCUCUCAAUCUCUCAUCAUCAUCACGGAGGAGGAGACGGAACCAGAGCCAGGCCCGGGACCGGGACCAAGAUCAGAACCGGACGCGGGACCUGGCUCGAGAAGGAGAUCAGGACAAGGCCACCUUGGAGCACAACAGAAUCCCCGGGCAGGAUCAGGAGCGGAAUCAACACCGGGACCAGAACCGUGAAGGAGACCAGCAGCAGGCUACAUCCGGGGACCCGGGAUGCGAGUCGAACUUGGAGCAGGCGCGUCACCAGGUCGGACACCAGGCCGGGUGUCAGGAGCGUGCUCAGGAGCGGGGUCAGGACGAGGAGCAGGAGUGGGAUUGGGACCCGGCAUGUGACUGGGUCUUGCACCAGAACCAGGACAGGGACGGCCACGAGCAGGGCCCCGGGCAGGACACGGGUUGGGGCAGGAGGCAGGAGUGGGAUUGGGGCCCGGGAUGCGACUGGGACUGGGACCCCGCUGACGACUGGGGGCUGAGCCAGAACCACGGCAUGGGGACUCGAACCCGGGGCAUGCCGGGACCGGAGGGGUCGGUGAGACGGAGGGGUGGGGGAGGGGCGACGGUGGAGACAGCAGCAGCAGUGGAGACAGAGACAGCAGCACUGCUGGAGACAAUGGAGACAAUGUCAGAGACAGCAGCAGCAGUGGAGACAGAGACAGCAGCACUGCUGGAGACAAUGGAGACAAUGUCAGAGACAGUAGCAGCAGUGGAGACAAUAGAGACAGUAGCAGCAGUGGAGACAAUAGAGACAGUAGCAGCAGUGGAGACAAUAGAGACAAUGCCAGAGACAGCAGCACUGCUAGAGACAAUGGAGACAAUGCCAGAGACAGCAGCACUGCUAGAGACAAUGGAGACAAUGCCAGAGACAGCAGCAGCAGUGGAGACAAUGGAGACAAUGCCAGAGACAGCAGCAGCAGUGGAAACAAUGCCAGAGACAGCAGCACUGCUGGAGACAGCUGCUGCUGCUGCGACCAUUCAGGUGACAAACGCCGAUGUCUCCGUGAAGGCGGAGUGGGGUCACGGCGAGGUGAAGGCGGUGCGGGCUCACGCUGAGGUGGAGGCGGUGCGGGGUCAUGGCGAGGUGGAGGCGGUGCGGGCUCACGCUGAGGUGGAGGCGGUGCGGGGUCAUGGCGAGGUGAAGGUGGUGCGGGGUCACGGCGAGGUGGAGGCGGUGCGGGCUCACGCUGAGGUGGAGGCGGUGCGGGGUCACGGCGAGGUGAAGGCGGUGCGGGGUCACGGCGAGGUGAAGGCGGAGCGGGGUCACGGCGAGUUGAAGGCGGUACGGGGUCACGGCGAGGUGGAGGUGGUGCGGGGUCAUGGCGAGGUGAAGGCGGAGCGGGGUCACGGCGAGGUGGAGGCGGUACGGGCUCACGCUGAGGUGGAGGCGGUGCAGGGUCAUGGCGAGGUGAAGGUGGUGCGGGGUCACGGCGAGGUGGAGGCGGUGGGGGGUCACGGCGAGGUGAAGGCGGAGCGGGGUCACGGCGAGGUGAAGGCGGUGCGGGGUCACGGCGAGGUGGAGGCGGUGCGGGGUCACGGCGAGGUGGAGGCGGAGCGGGGUCACGGCGAGGUGAAGGCGGAGCGGGGUCACGGCGAGGUGAAGGCGGUGCGGGGUCACGGCGAGGUGGAGGCGGUGCGGGGUCACGGCGAGGUGGAGGCGAAUGCUCAACACAGAGCGACGGCGGACUAUGGCGAGAUGGAUCAUUGUCGUCGUCAUCAUCAUCAACAGACAGAGGCCGGAAGGUCUCCAACCAACACAUCUCCAAUAACAAAGACUCCUCAUCUGCCUCCUCAACACGAUCAUCAUCAUCACGCUGACCAUGACGGCGAUGCCGCGGCUGAUGACGGCGGCGGCGGUGGUGAUGCAGCUGCUGCUGGCACGACUCGCGAAGCAAGAGGCGACCCUCAUCACCCUCAUCAUCGCGUUGCCGCUCCUGACGAGAAUAACGACACGGUCCAUGCAUCAUCAUCGUCAUCAUCGUCGUCAUCAUCAGCUGUUGUUGCUGAUGACGACGACGGUGACUCAGUCACCUCGUCCACGGUCCGGAUCACGACUCCGUCGAGCCUUGCCACAACCAUCAACCCCGGCGCUCCUGCUGCACAUUCUCCCGCUGAUGCAGGUGAUGAUGCUGCUGGUGAUGUCGGCGAUGGUGGUGACGACGAUGACUCCAUCGCCUCAUCCACGGUCCGGAUCGCGACUCCGUCAGGCCUUGUCACAACCAUCAACCCCUGCGCUGCUGCUGCUGCUGCUGAUCGUUCUCCCGCUGAUGAUGAUGAUGGCGGUGACGGUGACGACGACGACGACGCGGUGGCCCUGAGGGCCUGGCGUGCCGCGGGCCGCCCCGACGUUGUGCUGGAGGUGCGGGGCCUCCAUCAACCGCUGGGGGCCCACGCGGCCGUGCUGGGCGCCGCCAGCGACUACUUCAGGGCGCGCGCGUCCAGGCGCGUGAUCGCUCUCAGGGCCGUGCCGGGACUCGGCCCGGGCACGGCGAGUGCGCUCGUGCGGUGCGCCUACACGGGCCGCGUGCGUCCACAGGUCGGCCUCGCACCGGCCGACGUUCCGCCCUUCCUGCUGGACGUGAUGACGGCCGCUCGCUCGCUGCAGAUGCCCGGCGUGGAGCGAGCCGCCCUGGACGCCCUCGGCUCCCGGCUCAACCUGAGCAGCUGCACGCAGCUACUCGCCAUCGCCAAGAAGCACUCGCUCUCCCAGCUCAAGGAGCAGGUGUACAGCUUCAUUAGCGAGCACUACCUGGAGGCGCUGCGCGAGCCGAGCCUGUACGGGCGCCUGUCGGCGUGCGAGCGCGACCUGGUGCUGUCUCGCCGCGCCGCCCAGGGCCGCCCCUCGCUCGUCGUGGCCCCGCUCGAGGCGGCCGCCGCGGCCACGGCGGCGGCCCGUGGGGGCAGCCGUGCCGGCAGCCGCGGGGGCAGUCGCCCGCAGAGCCCCGUGCCCAGCGAUGCGUCCUCGGCGUCGGCGUCGCUGACGACGGCUGAGGAUGGGGACGAGGAUGAGGAUGAGGAGGGGGAGGAGGGUGCGAGGUGGAUGUACGCCUACAACGAGGAGGAGGCAGCAUGGGUGCCGCUGUCUCCACUGCCGCGCCACGUGAACCUGAGCGGCUGCGCUCUCUGCGUUUUCUACAACUACCUCAUCGUGGCCGGCGGGGUCACCCGGCCCGGCAAGGGUGCCAACGCCGCCACCCCCACGCAGCCGAACACCGCCGCCGCCAACGCCACUGGCACAGGGGGCGCGCAGCGGGGCUCCGUCGCCACCGCCGCCGCCGUGCCCCGCACGAGCGACGCGGGCCACGGCACCGGCAGGCACCACCGCACCAGCAGCAGCAACUCCACCGCCAGCGACAACUCAACCGGCAAAAACAACGACAGCAGCAACAGCAGCGCCGGUCCACCGGCGCAGCCCUCCACCGCCCGCAGCACCACCGGCAAUGCCGCCGCCGCCGCCGGAACUCCAUCGGCGCAGGUGUGGAGCUACAACCCGAGCACCGGCGUGUGGGCGCCGCUGCCCCCGAUGCAGCAGGCGCGGGCGCAGCUGCGGCUGGUGGCGUGCGACGGCGCCCUGUUUGCCGUGGGCGGCGAGUGCCUGCUGAGCGUCGAGCGCUACGACCCGCGGGCGGGCCGCUGGCGCCCGGUUGCGCCGCUGCCGCGCGGCCGCUUCGCGGUGGCGCAUGAGGCGGCCGAAAGCGGCGGUGAGCUGUACGUGUCGGGCGGCUCGCUCUUCCGCCGCCUGCUGCGCUACUCGCCGCGGCACGACGCCUGGAGCGAGUGCCCAACGGCGCCCGGCAGGCGCCGCUCCGCCGACAUGGUCAGCGUGGGGAGGUGGCUGCUGCGGUUUGAGAGCGAAAGGGCGGCCGCCGGUUCCGCCGCCAGUGACGCGUCUGGUGGCGGAAGCGUUGCGUGCGGCGCUGCUGCGGCUGCUCGUGCUGGUGUUGCUGCCGGCGUUACGGCCGACAACAGCGGCAGCGGCGAAGCGGCGCAGGUUGUCACCGUCCAGCGCUACAACACGCACGCCAAGACGUGGUCCACGUUUGGGACACUGGGCGACCCGCGCGCUAUCCUGCACGCCGGUUCCGGAUUUGCCGGCGAGACGGCGUCACCGGCGGAGGCGCCGGAGCCCGGCGAGCGGCCGACGCGGUCGCUGGUGCCGCCGUUCCGUUGCGCCGCGCUGGAUGAGGAGGUGUUCUGCGUGAGCCGCUCCUGUGCCAUGCGAUUCGACGCCGGCGACGAGGGCCACCUGAAAGCGGUGCCGACGUGGGGGGGCAGCAGCGCCGGCGGAGCGAGAGACAGGGCGGCCGCAGCGGCGCAGCCGGACCCGGCGCUCGCCGCCACCUUCGCCGUGCGGGCCCUGGGGCCGGUGCCGUGCGGACGAGGCCUGCCCGUGCCGUUCAUCUUGUGCUUGCCCGAGCACAUCUUCGGCGGCGGUGGCGCCGGCAGUGGCCAUCGGGAGACGUAGGGAGCAGUGCCGCGCUGGCAACCGUCGCUCCGUUUGCUCUGGGCGACGCUCCUCCUCCUCCUUCUCCGCCUUUCCGGUCAUCGUUGUCGUGACCGCAAUGUCGGCUGCCGUCACCCACCGGGUGGUGUCCUUCACGAGCCGAGUUGGCGCAGAGAGGCCGCGACUCAUUACAGCUGACAGGAGCGGCUGGGCGCGAGUCCGCUCGAACCAACGUACCACACCACCACCACCAUCCCAUCUCUUCUCCAGCCUGUGCCGUGGCCUACCCGUGCUGUGCCCAUUUAACCCCCCCCCACCCCACCACUCUGUGGACAAAGCAAAGCUGCUUGGCCACGGAAGGAAGGCCGGCCUUGCGGGUCACGUGACCCAGCCACACCAGGCCCGGUAAAUCCGUUGCCUUCUGUGCUCGUCUACAAAAACGGCUCUGAAACAUCAACACGUGCCAGUGUUCAACUUAGACCCGUGCGGGUCACUGCCACGGCACGUUUGAUCCCGCAGCUUUCGCUGGGGGUUUGGCAUGUGACCUCCAAGAGCGGCCUCUAGCUUCUGGCUCAAGGUAUUCCCAUUGGUCGCUGACCUCUGGGUGCCACUCCCAAACACCUGGCAUCGUCAGCUGACCUCCUCCGCCCUGCACACGUGCCCCACCUAUCCAGAGACUGCUCCUUACAUUUUGCUGAUUACACAUACUGCACACUCUGUUCUCCCGUAACGCGUUAUAGUUUUCAUAAUGCCAAGUGGAUAGAACGCAAUGAAUGUAUGAGGGAACACACUCUGUGUUUAAAUAAUGACGAUGCGAAUUGGAUGUAACGCGAUUGAGCGAACGGAACUACGUCACACGAGUAGGAACGAGCGGUCGUACGGCUGCCUCGGCGUAGGAUCAUCAUCGCACAAGGCGGGAUGCUGCUGGAUGCUUCUAGAUGCAACCCUGCACUCGGUUUUUGUUUGGCCUGCAUACGCAUCUCACGUGUUGUCGCGGACUGCGCUGUAGCAUAUAUUAUCAUUCAUUACAAUGUGAUUUUUCUUCAGGAACACAACUACUAUCACCAUGUUGCAGGUGAACAGACUCUGCAUUACGCUUUCCUGCCACGUCAUAUGCAACACUUCCAAGUUGUUCAACCCCUUAUCCUCCGUCCUCCGUGCAUGCCCUCCCCAUCCCAAACCUCCUCCUUCUCAUAAUAGUUUUUUUUUGGGUUAGAUCACAUAAAUAUAAAUGUGUCGUUAAAUCCACCACCGGAACAGCAACACACGCUUAUACACAGCAACAACACAAGCUGAUACACAACAACACACAAGCUGAUACACAACAACACACAAGCUGAUACACAACAACGACCACACAAAAGUGUUUGCUCGUAUUGGAUCGCUUUUUUCAUGAGAGUUAUCGUGCCACGCGGCACCGCUGUCAGACGAGAUGAUGGGCAAAGCCUUUUUUUUACCAUUCGUCCAUGAAAGCGUUCAAAAUAAGAGUAAUGAUGAUAAAAGAGGAAAGGGGCGAAGGCAUUUGGCCUGGUGGAAUGUAGGCGAUGUUUGUAAUGGGGCAUUAGAGAGGUCCGGGGUUUUUUGAAAACAAAAAAUACUUUUGCCUUUACGAAUAGAAUGUCGCCUUGAGCGCCAAAUUGAUGCUGAUGCAGUGCCGCUGCUGCCGCUGCUGCUCGCUCAACGUCUGUGUAAACCAUACUUGACCACACCUCGUUGGGCACAACACAAUCCUCCCAUCACCACCACCGCCUCCACCGCCUCCACCCCCCACCACCUCUACCCCUCCAAGGCCCCUUGUCAACCGAGGCUUCUUUCUGCUUGGCUGAAGAUUUUGUUUGAUCAAAGGGCCCCUUUUUGGUCGGCCAAAAACUGCCCUCUGCAUGGCUUACAGCAGCAGUGUUCUUCAUUGCAAGGGCCCCCGCGGGGCCACUGGCGGCCCCUGAUGGCCUUUUAAUGUGGCCCUUGACGGUGCAUCAUCAAGAGGGCCGGUGGCUCGUGGCUGGCUACCAGUGGAGUGGCCCUGCAAUGUUGCCAUCUCAUGUCAUUGCUGGUGGAAUGUAGGCCUCGACUAGAGGGAGCCCCAAGAGCGAGAAGGCGCUUGGCCUACUCUUUCACGCCUUGCAAGGCCCCGGUGGGGCUCACGGGCGGCCCUCCAGUGGCCUUUGAGUGUGGCUCAUGAUGGUGCGGCCCCCUCAAAAAUACACAAAUAGUGAAAACACCCCCCCCCCUUCCCCCAUCAUCAACAUGCUUCUUCUUUCGUAUGGAUUAAUAGCACCAGAUUAAAGACGUCAUUUUAGAUGUUAUCGAGACAGCAGCAGCGGCGGCGGCGGCGGGAAAGUGUUCACGAUGCGGGUCGAUGGUUUGGGAUUGAUGGCCGCAUCACUUGCAGGCCGCCGAAUCUUUCAUGGCGCUGUUUAUGGCAUCAGGUGGCCGCAUCAGCCACAUGGCCCGGUCCUGAUUCAGCUGAUGAUCGAGCAUUGUCAAACCCCAAUGGUCUUUUAAAUAUGUGGUGGCGACCCUCACACUGAUAAUGUCUUAUCAGCGAAAGUACCCCCCAUAAGCCAGUAAAGAAUCUUGGCCUACAGCUUUCUCCCAUCACCAAAACGGCCUCUGCUUAAUCCCAUCGUUUGAAAUUUGCAUCGCUUCGGCCCCAAUGCACUGGCACACGAUCCUCAACUAGGCCUAAAUCCUGAGGCGCAUGCAGUUGUGAGGCCUUCUAUUUGGCCUAAGAGAAACGCUAAGGCCUGGUACACGUGAAUACAAACUGCUGCGGUAUUUCACUGAUUGGCAACUGGUAUCACCUGGGCCUGAAGUGCCCAAGGCUUACACCUGAAUAAUCUUCAAUCUCGAUAUAUUUGUUUACUUGGCCUACAGAUUUCAGGGCAGAGAUAGAAGGCUCUCUUGCACGGCCCACAUUGUCCCAGCUUACCCCAAACGAGUCUUCUCGAUAUAUGAAGGUCAUGGGAUUGGCAAGAAGGGCACAUUCUUUCCUAAAAGGUGUUUGUUAGGCCUAAAUAACCGGCAUCUCAUUCUGAAUCUCUCCUCCUCGGCCUAGCGAUAGCAAACACAUUGCAUGGGCCUACAUUUGCUUUUUUUUCCCGGCUUGGCCUAAGAGCUCGUCUGCUUGAUUCAAGGGUUAUCAUUCCAGCCCUGGUGGCCAUUUGCAUGGCCCCAGAAGUCUUGUGCCAGGCUUAAAGUGCACUACACGUGGCCCCACGGGCCCAACUUGCUCAUCCUCAGAAGCCGAGCUUUUGCCUUGAGGCCCUCCUGACGGACUUGCAACGUCUCCUCCACACUCUUUGCUCUCUGCACAUAGCAGGCCAUUCUGCUCGGAGCUGUUUAUUAGAAGACGAGGGGGGAGCUCGCUAAAGAGUGCUAUAUCGUUUGCAAAGCCAUGAAAUGCUAUUUUUUUGUACAGAGUUGUUUUGAAACGCGUAGACACUAAACAGAAAGCUAUUUUGAGAUUGUGCGGUAUGGUUCGGGCGCGCGCGGCUAGAUUUGUACUGAGAAGCCAAGAAUGCGAUGAACAGAGUGCACUUUGAGCGGCCGCGUAGACUCCAACUUUACUCCUGUCGAUUCCAAACAUGUUGUACGGUGUGCACCCUAAACACGGGGAAUGGCUUCAAAAGUUGUAACAUCUCCUGUAGAUGUAGAUGCCACUGGUUCUUCAUGUUCUGCAGAUGUAGAUGCCACCGGUUCUUCACGUGGCAUCUACAUGACAUAUGGACAGGUUUGUUCGUAUCUCUGAAAGUUUAUAAUUCGAACGAUCAUAAGUAGAGGAGUCCUUGUAUAAACAAACCUGUGGCGGGCCGUACGGUAGUGGGAGCAGCCUCGGUUUCACUCAGGGGGUGUCCGCUCUCCAGCGAUCAUUUGCACGCAACUGCAUCGCGACUGGUUGCAUGCAACUGCAUUGCGACCGGUUGCACGCAACUUAAUCGCGAUUGAUUGCACGCAACUGCAAAGCGACCAUUUACAUGCAACUGCAUCGCGAUCGGUUGCAUGCGACUGCAUCGCGACUGGUUGCACGCACACGCGAAUGCAUCACAACCAGUUUCACGCAGCGGCAUUGCUGUUGUAGACGUCGCUGCAACUGGUUGCUUAAAAUGCGGACAGGCUUUAUUUACUUUUCCAGUGACGAUUUCCACAGCCAUUUGAUUUCUCUGGUGCUUGAAUCAUAAUUUCAACUCUCGAAGAGAGAGAGAGAGAGGUGGACCGACUCGGAGGCACGAGGAGGCCACACAGACGAGUGGGGAAAGAGGCAGCGGGCGCCAGUGGCACUUUGCAGAUGUGUCGUAAUGCAAACGCAUCAUAAUGCGUUGACGAUGCUGAAUGAAUGACCCCUUGAAUGACCGAUCCCUCGCACGGCGACGUUUAGUGCCAGGCGAUUCGGGACGGACCAUGCGUCUCGAAAUCCUAAAACUCUGAUCGCACUGAAGCCCCCAUCGCGCACAAUGGGGAAUUGACGAUUCCCAUCAACCGCAAUUCCACGCGCGCCCUGACCCCAUUAAUAAUCGCAGUUGUGUGAACUCUGCAAACCUCGUGAAACGGGAAAUGAUUCAUAAUAGCGUGUAUUCGAGUUUCAUAAAGUCAGAAUCUCAUACAGAAAUCAGUUUCUGGAUUCCAACAUUCCAACACCGCUGUGGUCCUGCUAUAAAUAAAAAAAAAAGCAGCGAUAUAUUUCGAUUUUUGGAAACCAAACAAAAUCAAUAAUCAAAGACUCGUGAUUACAAAAUCCUGGGAUUACGUUGCAGUAGAACCUCUCUUAACGACCACCCCUGCCAGCGACGAAUCGCUUAACAAUGGGCCUCCAUAGAGCCCAAUGUGUUCGCUUACCGACCCCUGUUGUAGGUACAAUAAAUAUGAAUUAACCGCGUUUAUUUUAAUGUUACGUGUUAAUAUCCAUUGUUUAAAUAUUAUGAAGUACGUUUUUUGGGCAAAUGGGUGGGUAAUUCGAUGCUAUCGGAACCAAUUAAGCCUUUAACGUGCAUUGCCUGUAGUCGCUUAACUGCCAAAUUCGCUCAACGGCCGGUUUCAUGGAACCAAUUCCCGUCGUUGAGAGAGAGGAGGAGGGCUUCUACUGUCGAUCAAUCCAAGAGCCGUUGACGAUGACCAAUUCUGGUUUGGAAUUGCAAUUCCCGAGUGCGAUCCUGAACUUUGCACUUUGCUUCUCAGCGCAUCACCGGUUGGACUCACCACUGGGAGAGCCCCCCACGUCCAGCGCUCGGCCGACUGUCAGACUGACAGGUCGGAGAUUCGGCAGAGCGCGAAUGAUUUUUGCCACUGCGUGUCGGAGACUUGGUAUCUGCGUGUUGGAGAUUUGGCACUGUGUUAAAGAUUUGGUACCACGUCUUGAUAUUUGGCACUGCGUCUUGAUAUUUGGCACUGCGUCUUGAGAUUUGGCAACGUGUCUUGAGAUUUGAAACCAAGUCUUCAUAUUUGGCAUCGGGUUUUGAGGAUUUGGCAUGACGUCUUGAUAUUUGGUACCGCGUGUUGGAGAUUUGGCACCGGGUCUUGAUAUUUGGUACCGCGUGUUGGAGAUUUGGCACCGGGUCUUGAUAUUUGGUACCGCGUCUUGAGAUUUGGCAACGUGUCUUGAGAUUUGAAACCAAGUCUUCAUAUUUGGCACCGCAUCUUGAGAUUUGGCACUGCGUGUUGGAGAUUCGGCACCGCAUCUUGAAAUGUGGCACCACAUCUUGAGAUUUGGCACUGUGUGUUAGAGAUUUGGCACUACGUCUUGAGAUUUGGCACUGCGUGUUGGAGAUUCGGCGCCACAUCUUGAAAUGUGGCACCACACCCAGAGAUUUGGCACCGGGUGUUGGAGACUUUGCACCACAUCUUGAGAUUCGUCACCGUGUCUUGAGAUUUGGCACACCGCGUCUUCACUGAGCGACGAGAUGGGGACGAGAUGUGUGCAAAAGUGUCGAGACCUCGCACGGGACGUCGACAUCACGGUGGGGGGGGGGGGGGGGGGACGUCCCUUUCCCUGGCCGAGGUUUCGGUAGCACCUCCAACAACCUCCGGAGUGAAACCCGGACGAGAGCAACCGAGCCCACCUUGAAUUAGAAAACACGGCCCUUGUUGCCAGGUGGGACAUAUUCCCCUCUAGUGCGGCUAGGAUGUUGGUGGUGAGGGAUAAAUGAUGGUUUGCCAGCUGUGAGCGAAGUGGUUAGGCCUCGUGCGGUGGUGGGGUGUGUAAAGUGACGUCACAGGCUGUGUGAAGUCACGCGCUGUGUGAAGUAAAGUCACGGGCUGUGUGAAGUGACGUCACGGGUCGUGUGAAGUGAAGUCACAGGCUGUGUGAAGUAAAAUCACGGGCUGUCUAAAGUCA